CUCGUGAAGCUACUAUAACAGAUACUCCUAAGGAUUAUGAAAAACUCUAUAAAAAAUGUUGGGAUCAAGAACCUAAGCAAAGACCUAUCAUUACAGAAAUAUUGGAAGAAUUUUCAAUGAUGAAGUUUAUAAAUAAACCAAUUAAAAAUCCAAAGACAAGAGAACUUUAUACUAUAAUGGAAUAUGCAAAUGGUGGUAAUCUUCAAAUUUAUCUAGAAAAUAAUUUUGAAAAAUUAACUUGGAAUGAUAAAAAACAAUUGGCUUAUCAAAUUGCAGAUGG